UUUCUCGAGAGUAACAGAACUCAGUACCUGGAAAAGGCCGAAACGUUAUACCGGCAAACGCUACAGAAUUCUGUUCUGGCUCCUUUUUUAUUUCUUUGCUUCUUGCUCGUUACAGAGUUUCUUUUAGCCCGGGAAGAAAUCCGUAGUCACCGCCUGAUAGUUAACCAGACCUGAAUCUGAAACAGUAGCCAAAACCAAAAGCAAGAAUUGCCUACGCCGUCUUCUAUCUAAGUUCUAGCUUUGCACAUAAGAAGUAGUGAAGGCUUAAAACAUGGGAAAGGCCUCGAGGGAUAAAAGGGAUAUCUACUAUAGAAAAGCAAAAGAAGAAGGUUGGCGUGCUCGAAGUGCCUUUAAGCUUCUUCAGAUAGAUGAAGAAUUCAACAUAUUUGAAGGGGUGAAGCGUGUAGUAGAUUUAUGUGCUGCGCCAGGUAGCUGGAGUCAGGUUUUGAGUCGUAAAUUAUAUCUGCCAGCAAAGCUUUCACAAGAUUCAAGUGAUGGUGAUCUUCCUCUUAUUGUGGCUAUUGACUUGCAACCCAUGGCUCCAAUCGAAGGUGUUAUCCAAGUACAGGGUGAUAUCACGAAUGCCCGAACAGCUGAAGUGGUCAUUAGACAUUUUGAUGGCUGCAAGGCUGACCUGGUUGUGUGUGAUGGUGCACCAGAUGUCACUGGUCUUCAUGACAUGGAUGAAUUUGUACAGUCCCAACUCAUACUAGCUGGUUUGACAAUUGUCACACACGUACUCAGGGAAGGUGGGAAGUUUAUUGCAAAGAUAUUUCGAGGAAAAGAUACAAGUCUUCUCUACUGCCAGCUGAAGUUAUUUUUCCCUGUUGUAACUUUUGCAAAACCAAAAAGUAGCCGCAAUUCCAGCAUAGAGGCAUUUGCAGUUUGUGAAAAUUAUUCCCCUCCUGGGGGAUUUAAUCCAAAAGACUUGCAUCGUCUGCUAGAAAAGGUGGGAAGCCCCUCAGGCAUGGAUGAUCUAGAUUGCGGUAGUGGUUGGUUGGAAGGACCGAAUAAGGUGUAUAUCCCAUUUCUGGCUUGUGGGGACCUCAGUGGGUACGACUCUGACCGAUCAUAUCCGCUACCAAAAGUUGCUGAGGGCACUUAUCAGAGUUUAGAUCCUGUACAACCGCCAAUUGCCCCUCCUUAUAAGAGAGCUCUUGAAAUGAAGAAAGCUUCUAAUCAUGGUAUCCGAGAGCUUGAAAAACUCUCUUUGGAUUCUUGAACUUGCAUUUCAAUAUUUUUCCCUUUACAGGAGCUAAACAAUUUUCAAAGGGUGUUGGACUUGCAUAUUACUGGCAGACAUACAAUGAUUAUUAUGUCCUAAGAACUAUUUCUCAUGAUGAUUUGUUAUUUAUUGUGUCUAAGUUGUUGGCAGUUUAUAUAUUUUUCAUAUUUGUCUGGAAUAUGUACAUGAGACAAUUUUGUGUAACUUACAAUUAUAUUAGCUAAAUGGUAUGAAUGAUGACAUUGCAGAAUUUUUCCCUCUUC